AUGUCGUUGUACCCAAUGCGCCUGUAUUCCUCCGAGCGCCCUCCGUCGCCUCUGAUCUUGACCUCGACCAUCGCCCCACCAUCACUGAUGCCCACCACCGCCUCCGGCUCCUCGUCGACACCACGCACCAAGCCUUCAGCGAACCUCACACUGUCAAUGCUCCCCACAGCGACGUCCUCGGGCGCAUCAUCGACAACAUCGACACCCCCGAACUACUCGCACCACCACGGCUACUCGCACCAGAACUACGCCCACUCGCUGAGCACACAGCAGAAGCUGCAGCUCCACCAGCGCGAAAUCAUCACCUCGGCGACCCGCGCGAACGGAAUCCCAGCACACCUCCUCAGCACGGGCCCCAUGAGCCCACGACUGAUCCCGCUCGGCAGCCCCGGCGGGCCUGUCACUCCCUUGAUGCUGGAGCAGGAGAAGGAUGGAAGCUACUUCACCGGCCACGACCUCGGCGAGCGACUGGUGUACGUUGCGCAGAGCCAGCGGUCAUAG